AUGUACAAGGUCGUAAAACCUUUCCAAGCAGCAGGAUUUUACUGUCCAAACUUGACAACAAAGUAUAGCCAGUCAUCCUAUUGCCUUCAAGAACUGUUUGCGAAUCCUCAAAUCCACAACCUUUUACGUUUGGUUACUUGCAUAGAUUCAAACACAGUUCACCAACGACGCUAUAGAAGAGCUGGGAAGGAAAGUAUUAAACUUCUUAAUGAUGCCGAACUAAAUAUAGUUAAAAAAUAUACUGCCGCUUUUACGGAACAAAAGUUGCAGAUGCCACCUGUUUUAAACCCAAGAACCUCUGUAAAUAGCCAAAUCAUUUCUCGAGAUAGCGGUCUUCAAGGGAUUAUUCCGGGAAAUAUCAAACUAGUUUUUACAGAUACCACACUAAAGCGUGACAGAAAGAACCGUCUCAUAGUAGUUAGAGAGUCAAAUGGUAACUUAAGACACGCAGACCUUUCUGAACGUGAUCGUAUUAACCAAGUUUACUUUCCUUUGUCUGGUCGGAAGUUGUUUAUUCCCAUGAUGUUUGAAGACGAGCAGUUAGAUGCACUUUUGAACCAAGGCUCAUUUUUGUAUAUUUUGGACAGAACAUGUGUUCAAUUCGAACCAGAUGACCCACAUUUUAGUCGAAUAUGCCAUCGUGUUUAUGAACGUGUGAACCAUUUAGCUUGGACUCCAUUUGAAAAAACCGCUGAAUCGAUAACCAACGGUCUAACCAACCCAUUGCUUCUACUACGACACACACGCUAUUACGGUCCCUUAGCUUUAUAUAUGAUUGCUCAAUUAGGUUCUCCUGGGCCACUUGUUUAUGAGACUCUUGCACAUCAACAUUACAAUCGCUUAGGUUGGGUACUUCGUUUAGUUUGUCUUCUUAGACCCUCUAGUCCUUUUGCCGUCCAUACAAAGUCAAAUGUCGAUUUAAUACCUCCGCCGAUACAGACUGUUUUAGACUACACAAAGGAUUUGUCCCAACAAAAUAUGAGUCCAUCCGAGAUUAGCAAGUUGCUGGAUUAUGUUGAACUUUUCAUCAAUCUGGAACCUUUAAGCAAAGACAAACAAGUCAUACUCAAUGAUUAUCUUCAACGAGCUCGAGAAGGUAUCAAAAUGAACAUAGAAACAAUGGAUAGUACUUAG